CCUUGCGCUGAAUAUUGCUCUUCUGAAACUGAUUCAUUGCCCGCGUCAUUGUCGUAAGGUGUUUAUUGCCGUUGAUAUUAGCCCGUGCUAGCUGACGCAGCUGUGCUAACAUUUUGCUGGCUAAUCUCAACGAAGGACAAGACUGAUCUGAAGAUAAGAUAAAUAAACAAAAAGUGUUCCGUUUGAUUGUUACAGAAGAUAGCAUUGUUGCGUACUAAUCUGAGUUCAGCACGCAGUUUAUUAAGUAUCGGUUUAGCUGGUUAGCUUUGUGUUUAGUUUCAGUUCACUAGUACAAGGUUUGAAUAAAAAUGAUGAGUGAACUCGGUUGUGGUGUAAAACCACAGGUCACUUAUAUUCAGCUACGAAAAUCAGUUCGCUCCUGAGAUCUAGCUGUCAGUCUGUGGUGAUGUCGUCACUCCAUACAUACACGUGAGCACUUAGACGCAGUAAACCACAUUCAGGUGUAAAAUGUUUGCUAAAUUAAGCCAAAAGGUUCAUUUAGUUCAAGCAAUAACGUUUGAUUUUUCUAGAGGCGCAGCAGUUGUGAAGUUUUCACGGUACGAUAACAAGUCUAAAAUAUCACGGUCUUGUAGUAUCGUGGUAUCAACGAGCCUUUCAAAAUCAGCCACGUUUGUGCAUCCUUGUAUAAAUAAAACCCCCCUCUAGCACUACUUUGUCAGUGAUGCAUAAAUGUUUCGCUUAGUUUUUAGUCAGCAACCCUGUGUUUACCAACGAUCAGGUUAGGAGCAGCUGCAGAAGUGCUGAAUUUGUUUACAGCCAUAGUGGAUUACACAGACAAAGGCUUUUCAUUGCAGUAGCCGGUAGGAACAGAGGUGAAGCAAUACGUUUUAGGGGAGUCACAGCACCUGAGUAAGGAACUGGAUUUGAUUUUUAAAAAAUUAUUUAGAUAUAAAGUGUGUGUGAAAAUAUACAUGGUCAUAUAUAGGCGUGUUUUAAAAUGGGAAAAAAAAUCUAUUCAUGGCAAAAAAAAAAAAUGUUUUCUGCUAACUUUAAUGCCCACAUGUCACUUUUAAGCCCCUACAUCCUCUUGUGUAUCUUCUGAUUCCCUCAGUUUGUAAUAUUGUCACUAGGCUUGGCCAAUCUUUGCUCUUCAUAAUUUCUUUGCAUUAGGUCUGGAGAGUGGGAGGUAAAGGCAGAACUUUAUUUUUUAUAUAUAUCCGUUUUUUAAAAUAGAUUAAUUCUAAACAGCAUAACUGGGUAUAUUAGACCCAAAAGCUUUUGCAUUAAGGCUUUUACAUGAACACUAUAUUUGUGUGAAGAGUGAUUCGUUUUGCUUUGUAAUGGGAGGUUAGUGCACCUGCAUGGAAACUCAUCAUGCCAUUGUGAUUGAUGCAAAUUACUUUGAGGUUUUUUGUAAAUCUUCUCUCUGGAAGCCCCUGACAAAUACAACAGUUUCAGAUUCUGCUGAAGUCUUGAAGAGGUCGUAUGGUUCAUGACUUGAGCUCAACAUGUACUUCUGCCGCUGUUCUGCCCAGAAUUUAGAGUUUUAAUUAAGCCAUAUUUAGGAGGACGGACUUGAACCGGGAUUGUCGUUCAAGGUCAUUUUGUGGACCCCUGUAUCUCCUCGAAGGCUGCAGGUCCAUCAAGUGUACGUUUAUUUAAGCCAUGGCGGACGGGAGGAUCUAUGUGGGGAACCUUCCCAUGGACGUGCAGGAGAGGGACAUUGAGGACCUCUUCUUCAAAUAUGGCAAAAUUCGGGAUAUCGAGCUGAAGAACAACCGCGGGACCAUCCCCUUUGCCUUUGUUCGUUUUGAGGACCCACGGGAUGCAGAGGAUGCCGUCUAUGGAAGGAACGGAUAUGGAUUUGGAGACUGUAAGCUGCGUGUGGAAUAUCCUCGCUCCUCAGGUUCCAAAUUUGGCGGAUCAGGUGGAGGACCACGGGGAAGGUUUGGACCUCCGUCACGUAGAUCUGAGUUCCGGGUUAUUGUUACGGGCCUUCCUCCAACUGGAAGUUGGCAAGACCUUAAAGACCACAUGAGAGAGGCAGGAGAUGUGUGCUUUGCUGAUGUUCAGCGCGAUGGUGAGGGAGUGGUGGAAUUCCUUCGACGGGAAGACAUGGAGUAUGCCCUGCGUCGAUUGGACGGCACAGAGUUCAGAUCCCACCAGGGUGAGACAGCCUAUAUCAGAGUAUUGGAGGAGCGCGGCACGAGUUGGGGUCGUUCCCGUUCCCGCUCCAGGUCUCGUGGGCGGUACACUCCUCCGUACCAGAGCCGAGGUUCUCCUCCUCGCUACCGCUCCCCUCCACGCCAUAUGGCUCGUCUCAGCCCUCCCUCAAGAAGACCACCGCCUCAGCACCACAGCCCACCACCACGCCACUAUCGGUAAACGGCCAAACGAGUUCAAAUCGGUUUGAACCCAACACCUCCCUCAUGUCCUAUCUUUUAAUUUUUUUAUUAUUUUUUUUUUUUGUAAUUUACAUUCCACAAUUAAGACCACCCCAGAAAGCCUUAGUCUCUGUUCACGAGUGUCAAAAUGGUCUCGAAAGAUGGAAACGUUCCUCUUCUGGUCAAUAAUAACUGGAUAAUUCUGAUAACUGCCAGGAAGAGAGAUUUUAUCUUAUCAUUUACAACAGACAUCAUGUUUAAAAACAUUUGUCCAGCUUUGUUGUUAUUGUGGCAAAAACAGCUGUUCUUACAGAAGUUGAACUAAUCUGUUAAAUUCUUCUAAAUCCUUUCUUUUAAAUAAAA